AUGAUACCCUUCUUGUGUGUGAGCUGUGCUUUGGCAAGAGAGAAUUUCUCGUUCUCUUACUUUCGAAAAAACGAAUAAGGCUUCACCGCUACGGUGUGUGUGCGUGCUUUGCUUCGCGUUUGUUAUAUUCUAUUCUCACUUUCGAUAGCUAUUAUUUCUCAGUCUUCCUUUUUUGUCUUCUUCAUUUCACUCUCUCCGUCUUUUCCGUCGUUCAACGUCACUACAACUGAAACCAGCUUUUUUGCUUGGAAGGUCUACAAAUGGAAUCAUAUCUGUAUAAAGGAGUAUAGUUCAUCUCUUUUACUCUGCAGGUGUCUACUUUCUGGCUACACAUGUGCUGUUCACAUUGUCUUCCAAUAAGGUGAAAUCUGAUUGAAGACCAAUGCAGAGGGAUACUAGUACCACUACCCCAUCAACCACAAGUGGUCGGAUUAGGCACCGAAAACGCUCAAAUGAGGUUAUCCCGGAAGUUAGCAAAGCAAAUGGGACCCAGUUACUUGUUAACGACAAAAGUAAAUACAAGUCCAUGCUAAUUCGAGCAUAUUCAUCGAUAUGGAUGAUUGGAGGCUUUGUGUUGAUAAUAUAUAUGGGUCACCUCUACAUCACUGCAAUGGUGGUGGUUAUUCAAAUCUUCAUGGCAAAGGAACUUUUCAAUCUGCUCAGGAGAGCUCACGAAGAUAGGCAACUGCCUGGAUUUAGGCUAUUAAACUGGCAUUUUUUCUUCACUGCAAUGUUAUUUGUUUAUGGACGUAUUCUGAGUCCACGCCUGGUUAACACUGUAACUUCAGACAUGGUUUUAUAUCGGCUAGUGAGCAGUCUAAUUAAGUAUCAUAUGGUUAUCUGCUACGCCUUGUAUAUUGCAGGAUUUAUGUGGUUCAUUCUCACAUUGAAGAAGAAGAUGUACAAGUACCAAUUUGGCCAGUAUGCUUGGACACAUAUGAUUCUAAUUGUUGUAUUUGGCCAGUCCUCCUUCACUGUGGCGAGCAUUUUCGAAGGGAUUUUCUGGUUUCUUCUCCCAGCAACACUUAUUGUCAUUAAUGAUAUUGCUGCUUAUAUCUUUGGUUUCUUCUUUGGAAAAACCCCUUUGAUUAAGUUGUCUCCAAAGAAAACCUGGGAGGGUUUUAUUGGAGCAUCCGUUACCACCAUCAUCUCUGCAUUUAUGCUUGCUGACAUCAUGGGUCAUUCUCAGUGGCUUACGUGUCCAAGGAAGGAUUUGUCAACUGGUUGGCUUCACUGUGAUCCUGGUCCUCUAUUUAAGCCAGAAUCUUACUCCUUACGAGGAUGGAUCCCUCACUGGUUUCCUCGGAAGGAGGUAUCAAUCCUACCUGUUCAAUGGCAUGCUUUAUGUCUUGGCUUGUUUGCUUCGAUUAUUGCACCUUUUGGAGGUUUCUUUGCAAGUGGUUUUAAAAGGGCUUUCAAAAUAAAGGAUUUCGGUGAUAGUAUUCCUGGACAUGGGGGAAUUACUGACAGAAUGGAUUGCCAGAUGGUUAUGGCCGUGUUUGCAUAUAUAUAUCAUCAGUCAUUUGUUGUGCAACAAAGUCUCUCGGUUGAAAUGAUUUUGGACCAGAUAUUAAUCAACCUAUCAUUCAAUGAGCAAGAAGCUCUAUAUUUGAGGCUUGGAGAAAUUUUACAACAGGGGAUUCCAAGGAACUCUUAGAUUCAUGGCGAGGUGUAUUUGUUCUCACCUUCUAUUGUAUUCCUUUACAUACAUCUGUACAAGCGUUUUCUAUCUUUUGAGUGAAACUAAUCAAAGGUCCGGAAGCUGUCAAGAUGUGCAUAGUGUAUGUUUACCGUUAGUUCCAUUCUGUUUUUCUGGCUAUAGUUGAAUAGUUAAUUGAUGGCUUUGCAUGAACACCUACCGUUCACUCAUGAUCUUCAAUAUAAAUAAUUCACAUGGUGGCUGAAAAUGAACGCCUGUGCUGUAUUUAAUUCCUGGUGGUGAGGUGUGUUAAUAUUUUUCUAUUACCUUAAAUGUAGUUUGAAUCACGUUUGAUAAUAUAUUUUAGUGCGAUCGACAAAUAACUUUGUUCAACUAUCAAAUGCUGCACCAAUUAUAUGAUGAUA